CAAAACAGGAAGUAAGAAUGUCCACCACAAGGAAAUGCUGAAUGAAUCAAAGGCUUUUCUCCCGGUAGAUUGGCGCCUAUGAUGGAACGAGCGAUGGAGCAGUUGAACGUACAGCUGAAUCGGCUUACGCGCUCACUCCGCCGUGCCAGGACCGUGGAACUACCGGAGGACAAUGAGACGGCUGUGUACACACUCAUGCCAAUGGUUAUGGCGGACCAGCACAGGUCGGUCUCAGAGUUGCUGUUAAACUCAAAGUUUGACGUGAACUACGCCUUUGGGCGUGUGAAGAGGAGCCUGCUUCACAUCGCUGCCAACUGUGGAUCGGUGGAGUGUCUGGUCCUUCUACUGAAGAAAGGAGCAAAUCCCAACUACCAGGACAUCUCUGGCUGCACUCCCCUGCACCUGGCUGCAAGGAACGGACAGAAGAAGUGUAUGGGCAGACUUUUGGAGUACAACGCAGACGUCAACAUCUGUAACAAUGAGGGACUAACUGCAAUACACUGGCUUGCGGUCAAUGGGCGGACAGAGCUGCUGCAUGACCUGGUCCAGCAUGUGACCAAUGUGGAUGUGGAGGAUGCCAUGGGCCAGACCGCCCUGCAUGUGGCCUGCCAGAACGGCCACAAGACCACGGUGCUCUGCCUUCUGGAUAGUGGUGCGGACAUCAACCGGCCAAAUGUCUCUGGCGCCACACCCCUGUACUUUGCCUGCAGUCACGGUCAGAGAGACACGGCGCAGAUUCUCCUCUCCCGGGGGGCCAAGUACCUGCCGGACAAGAACGGGGUGACGCCGCUGGACCUGUGUGUGCAGGGAGGUUACGGUGAGACAUGUGAGAUCCUCAUUCAGCACCACAGCAGGCUGUUCCAGACCCUCAUCCAGAUGACACAGAACGAUGACAUCAAGGAGAACAUGCUGCGGCAGGUCCUGGAGCACGUCUCCCAGCAGAGCGAGCUGCACUACCAGAAGAUCCUGACCAGCCUGGCCGAGGUGGCCACCACCAACGGACACAAGCUCCUGAGUUUGUCCAGUAACUACGAGGCCCAGAUGAAGAGUCUGCUGAGGAUUGUGAGGAUAUUCUGCCACGUCUUCCGCCUGGGCCCCUCCUCUCCUAACAAUGGGAACGACAUGGGCUAUAACGGGAACAAGACGCCCAAGAGCCAGGUGUUGAAGCCCCUGGAGCUCCUGUGGCACUCCCUGGACGAGUGGCUGGUCCUGAUCUCCACCGAGUUGCAGAAGAACCGGAGCGGGCCGGCCUCCGGCGCCGACAUCGCCUCCCUCCUGCUGAAGCAACGCGAGGCCGACCCCUCGGCCUCCGCCCCCAUCCCCGCGGCGACGGGCUACAGCAACGGCGUGCUCACCCCGGUCCUGCCUUCCCCCGGCCGGCCCUCGCUCGACUCGGACGUCGCCAUGGUGACGGCCGAGACGUACUGCGACGGCGAGGACGUCAUCUCCAUGACCGCCAACCGCCUCAGCGCCGUCAUCCAGGCCUUCUACAUGUGCUGCUCCUGUCAGAUGCCGCAGGGGAUGACGUCUCCUCGCUUCAUAGAGUUCGUCUGCAAGCACGACGAGGUGCUGAAAUGCUUCGUCACGAGGAACCCCAAGAUCAUCUUCAACCACUUCCACUUCCUGUUGGAAUGUCCAGAACUCAUGUCCAGAUUUAUGCACAUCAUUAAAGCCCAGCCGUUUAAGGACAGGUGCGAGUGGUUCUAUGAACACCUGCUGGCUGGCCAGCCGGACUCCGACAUGGUUCACCGACCCGUCAACGAGAACGACAUCCUGCUUAUCCACAGAGAGUCCAUCUUCCGCAGCAGCUGCGAGGUCGUGUCUAAGUCCAGCAACCAGAAGCUGAAGCAGGGCAUCGCUGUGCGUUUCCACGGCGAGGAGGGGAUGGGCCAAGGCGUGGUGCGGGAGUGGUUUGACAUCCUCUCCAAUGAGAUCAUCAACCCUGACUACGCUCUGUUCACCCAGUCUGCAGAUGGAACCACGUUCCAGCCCAACAGUAACUCCUCUGUGAAUCCAGAUCACCUGAACUACUUCCGGUUUGCGGGUCAGAUCCUUGGCUUGGCGCUGUACCACCGGCAGCUGGUCAACAUCUACUUCACCCGCUCCUUCUACAAGCACAUACUGGGGAUCCCAGUAAACUACCAGGAUGUAGCCUCCAUUGAUCCGGAGUAUGCCAAGAACCUGCAGUGGAUCCUGGACAAUGACAUCAGCGACCUUGGCCUGGAGCUCACCUUCUCUGUGGAGACAGACGUGUUCGGGGCCAUGGAGGAAGUCCCGCUGAAACCGGGCGGAGUCGCCAUCCUCGUCACCCAGGACAACAAGGCGGAGUACGUGCAGCUGGUGACGGAGCUGAGGAUGACCCGUGCCAUCCAGCCGCAGAUCAACGCUUUCCUGCAGGGCUUCCACACCUUCAUCCCCCCCUCCCUCAUCCAGCUGUUUGACGAAUAUGAGCUGGAGCUGCUCCUCUCGGGGAUGCCGGAGAUCGACGUGGCCGACUGGAACAGGAACACGGAAUACACCAGCGGAUACGACCUGGACGAGCCCGUCAUUCAGUGGUUCUGGGAGGUGGUGGAGAGCCUGACUCAGGAAGAGAGAGUUCUUCUGCUGCAGUUUGUCACAGGCAGUUCGAGGGUUCCUCACGGUGGAUUCGCAUACCUGAUGGGGGGGAGUGGCUUACAGAAGUUUACCAUCGCUGCGGUGCCCUACACCUCUAACCUGCUACCCACAUCCAGCACCUGCAUCAACAUGCUGAAACUCCCAGAGUACCCCAGCCAGGAGGUCCUCCGAGACAGACUGCUCGUCGCACUGCAUUGUGGGAGCUACGGCUACACCAUGGCAUGAGGUGUGCUUGCGUGCGUGCGCGCGUGUGUGUGUGUGUCUCUGCAUGCGCGUGUG